AGUCGCGCGCACGUACACACAUCUAGUUGUUUCGGUGGAACUGAAGUGAGAGGGGUGGACGGAUAGUUAGCUAGCAGCAUUACAGAAGAUUUUAUGUUGCUGCUUCUGAGCCGUCAGGUCUCGCUGUCAUUCGUUAAGCAAGUCAUUCCCCGAAGUCCGGUUUUGUUUUCGAAGCCUGCAUCACUUAACUUAAGAACAUUCAAAUUCAAAGUGACAUUCAGCACCGUUUUUGCAAACGCUACCAUCCAAAAUAUAAUCACUAUGCCUGAGAGGAGGCCUUUCGUACGGUUGCCCACUGACGUCUACCCUGUCAACUAUGGGUUAUGUUUGAAGCCCGACUUAAUCGACUUCACUUUCGAGGGCAAGUUGGAUGCGCGAAUUGAGGUUGUACAAGGAACAAAUCAGAUUGUGAUGAACUGCGCAGACAUCGACAUCAUCACAGCGUCUUUCGCGCCCGAAGGAGGUGAAGAAAUAAGCGCCACAGGGUUCAACUACCAGAACGAGGAUGAGAAAGUCACGUUGUCGUUCCCCAGGGUUCUCCAGAAAGGGUCGGGUUCAUUGAAGAUUGACUUCGUUGGGGAGCUCAACGACAAAAUGAAAGGCUUCUACAGGAGUAAAUAUGCAAGUGCGUCAGGAGAAAUCCGCUAUGCUGCCGUAACACAGUUUGAGGCCACGGAUGCCCGCCGAGCCUUUCCCUGCUGGGACGAACCCGCCAUCAAAGCCACCUUCGACAUCAGCCUGAUCGUUCCCAAGGACCGAGUAGCCUUGUCAAAUAUGAAUGUCAUUGAUCGAAAGCCAUAUCCAGAAGAUGACAGCCUUGUAGAGGUGAAGUUCGCCACCACACCCAUCAUGUCCACGUACCUCGUGGCGUUUGUCAUCGGCGAGUACGACUUUGUGGAGAGCCAGUCGUCGGACGGCAUCAUGGUGCGCGUCUAUACACCUGUGGGGAAGGCGGAGCAAGGGAAAUUUGCACUGGAGGUUGCUACAAAGACUUUACCCUUCUACAAAGACUACUUCAAUGUUCCUUAUCCGUUGCCUAAAAUCGAUCUUAUAGCUAUUGCUGAUUUUGCUGCUGGUGCCAUGGAAAACUGGGGCCUUGUUACUUACAGGGAGACGGCUCUGCUGAUUGACCCGAAGAACUCGUGUUCGUCCUCACGGCAGUGGGUGGCGCUGGUGGUGGGGCACGAGCUGGCACAUCAGUGGUUCGGCAACCUGGUGACCAUGGAAUGGUGGACCCAUUUGUGGCUUAAUGAGGGCUUUGCGUCAUGGAUUGAGUACCUGUGCGUGGACCACUGUUUCCCAGAGUACGACAUCUGGACGCAGUUUGUGUCAGCUGAUUACACGCGGGCGCUGGACUUGGAUGCACUUGACAACAGCCACCCCAUAGAGGUGAAUGUGGGGCACCCCUCAGAGGUUGACGAGAUCUUCGAUGCCAUAUCCUACAGUAAAGGCGCUUCCGUUAUCAGAAUGCUGCACAACUACAUAGGAGAUGAGGAUUUUAGGAAAGGAAUGAAUGCUUACCUUUUGAAGUUUCAACAUAAAAAUGCAUCUACAGAGGACCUGUGGGACUGUUUGGAGCAGGCCAGUGGGAAGCCCAUAGCUGCGGUCAUGAACUCCUGGACCAAGCAGAUGGGCUUCCCCAUCAUCGUAGUGGACCAGGAACAGCAAGGGGAGGAUCGUGUGCUCAAGAUCUCUCAGAAGAAGUUCUGCGCUAGUGGACCACACAACGGAGAGGAUUGCCCCAGUUGGAUGGUUCCUAUCAGUAUUUGUUCGAGUGAGGACCCUGCCUGCACCAAGAUGAAAGUGCUCCUGGACCAACCCGAAACCACAGUCACCGUUCCCAACAUCAGCCCUGAGCAGUGGGUUAAGAUUAACCCAGGCACAGUGGGCUUCUACCGUAUCCAGUACAGCUCGGCCAUGUUGGAGAGCCUGCUGCCGGGCGUCCGAGACCUCACCUUGCUGCCUGUGGACCGACUGGGCCUCCAGAACGACCUCUUCUCUCUGGCACGGGCCGGCAUGAUCAGCACGGUGGAGGUGCUGAAGCUGAUGGGUGCUCUGUUGGUGCUCUGUUGGUGCUCUGUUGGUGCUCUGUCCCCUUUCCCUCGUUCUCUGCCCUUUCAUUUCUGCCUAAUGUUCUUUCUCUCUCUCUCUCCUCUCCCCCCUCCCCUGUGUGUAGGCCACCUGGAUGCUCUGUUGCGGGGUCUGGUUCUGGGUAAGCUUGGGAAGGCGGGCCAUAAGCCCACGCUGGAGGAGGCCCGCCGGAGGUUUAAGGACCAUGUGGAGGGCAAGCAGAUCCUCUCGGCAGACCUCAGGAGCCCAGUAUAUCUUACAGUCCUUAAGCAUGGAGACAGUACAACGCUGGACACAAUGUUUAAGCUCCAUAAGCAGGCGGACAUGCAGGAGGAGAAGAAUCGUAUCGAGCGGGUGCUGGGGGCCAUCUCUGCUCCCGAUCUCAUCCAGAGGGUCCUGACCUUUGCCCUCUCGGAGGAGGUGCGUCCUCAGGACACGGUGUCUGUGAUCGGGGGCGUGGCAGGCAGCAGCAAGCACGGCCGGAAAGCAGCGUGGAAGUUCGUGAAGGACAACUGGGAGGAGCUUCACAACCGGUACCAGGGCGGCUUCCUCAUAUCACGACUCAUCAAGCUCACUGUGGAUGGAUUUGCGGUGGACAAAAUGGCUGCAGAGGUGAAGAGCUUCUUUGAGAGCCACCACGCGCCGGCAGCAGAGCGCACGGUACAGCAGUGCUGCGAGAACAUUCUCCUGAACGCUGCGUGGCUUAAGCGUGACGCCGAGGACAUCCACCAGUACUUUCUGCAGCGCAAGGCCCCGCCCGUCUGACCCCUGACCCCAUCCUCCAUCCUGCUCCUCCCACUUCAGACCUCCCAGCAGUGAUUGCUGCCUCUCUCCGCCAGCCCAUCCACUAACACUGGAGGCCCAGCAAACUAUACAAACAAGAAACUGGGCUUCUUUUUUGUAAAAUCAACCAAGCGGCAGACAACAAGAAGAAGAUGAAAAGAAGAAUUAAAAAAAAAAAAAAAAAACUAGUCUUGAAGAUAACAAUCAAUAUUGAUAAUUGUGCAACCAUUUCCAUUUUAGUGUUUCAAGAUAAACUUCAAAACCUACCAAAUUCGCUCUAGUCUUGACGAGGAAUGUAGUGAGCCGCAUUCUGCCCUUCUGAGAUUGAAAAGGAAUUGUUGGAUUCUCCAGCUGAUUUAAGAAUAUCACCACACACACACACACACACACACACACACACACACACACACACACACACACACACACACACACACACACACACACACGCACAGCACACAUGCACAGCACACGCGCACACACUGCACACAUGCAUUAUAGAGGCUUUGUCUUUCAUGCAAUUUCUAUAUACUUGCACACAGUUGUACAACAAAUGUGAAUUGCUUUUUUUGUCUAUUUGUACCUUCAGUCCAUCCUUAAAAAAAAAAAAAGAGAGACACAGCACUUCUCCAAGGUUAGAUGUUUUUAUGUUUUUAUUGUUCAAUGUUUGUUUUCUGCACAGACAGAGUUACUUCCUGCAUUUUCCUCACUUCCCGAUACAAGUUGCGUUUUGUAAAGCAUAUCUUCACACAGGAUGGAGACGUGGGAAAUGACACAAAGGUGAAAAGCGUGCGGGCAGAAUGGGGCCAGAUGGUUUGGCGUCCGAUGGUAUUGUGGACUUAACGGCAACGACACUGAUCUCCAUCGCUAAUAACGGUUAGCAGCAACCGAUCAGAGCUAGCAUGGUACUGUAUGUUAUUGUAUGACGCGAGUCUUGUCACCCCUCCCCCUCCCACCCUCACCCCACUCCCCUUUCACUCACCUCUAUGAAUGAUCUUGACAAGAGAUGUACCUGGUUCAUAUAUGGUUUCUUGUAUACUUUUACUCCCUGAGAGAAAAACAAACAUUACCACUUGUCCAAUUACACUCACCACACACAACCUGUUGCUACAGUCCAUCUGGGGACUAAAGAAUGGUUGAAAGGAAUGAGAAAGGAUAAAGAAAAGGCCAAAGCAAACAAAGCAAACUACAUAUCCAAGCAUCUAUAUAUGUCUGACACAGUAAACAGAAAGAAAGCUUUUUGAAGAAAAACUUUUUAUAAAGUAUAUAUUCAGUGAUUAAUCUUGUGUAAAUUGUACGGGAGUACAAAUAGGGAAAUUGUGGGCCUGUAGGAUUAAUUUACUUGAGAAUCUAGUGAUAUUUUGGCCCAUUUUGAAAUAUUGAAGUGAAGUGAUUAUUUACACCUUGUACUUUUAAGGCCUUAAAAUUGGUUUUGAGGAAAAAAAAGUUUGCAAUAACUAUUCAAAGUGGUUAAUUGUAGCCUAUCUCCACCAAGUGUUUAAGUGUCAUGGGAUUCCACAUAGCCUUGUCGAACAGAUAUAUCUGUCUAUAGAAUUUACUAUUUGAUGUGGCUUUGAACCUUAAAGGUGAUCAUUCAAUCAAUUGACAGUCUUUCCCAGAAACAUUUGUUGUGCUUUUGUUAAAAAAGAAAUGCAGUUGGUGUUCAUUAAAAGUAAAAAAGAAAAAAAUGAUUAAAAAAUGAUGUUAAAUUAGUACCGUUGAUUUUAUGUGUGAGGUGUGAAAGUGCAUGCCUGAAAUCAAGUUUUUGAUAUAUAAGUUAACAGUUGCUAAUCUGGUUCAAUUGUUUUCUAUGAUCAUUCACAAUGAGCAAUUCACCAUUCAGCAUUGAUGGUGAGAUUCAUUUAGUACAAAUAAAAUGCUGUAUCAAACGUUCAUACAAUACUUAACAAUAUAAUACAUCUGUAGAUAAAUACAUUAUAUGAUGUAGGUUAUCGUGGGGGGGGGAAAAUGUUGUUUAUUUGAUCUGAAGAUGGAGACUGGGGUACUGUUGAAAUAGCCCAAAGGGAUGUAACACUGUAAAGUAAAAAAAAAAAAAGGAUUUUUUUGUUUUUGUUUUUGUUUUCACAUGUAUGCUCUUAUUCAGAAGCUCUGCUGAUGAUGUUCUAUGCUUUGUGGUAGCGACCAGAAAGAGUCGAGGAUCUGUCGAUCUGAUUUGAAUAUCAAAACUAUUCAAACAUCA